AUGGCAUACUCAGACAGGUCGAUCUCAUCAAGUUCUUCUACUUCAUCUCCUCCUUCUCAGCUUGUUGCAUUACCGUCCAUGACCCACUCUCUGGCAGCUUUGCCAACCAUGUCUGCGGUUCCACAAGACAUGCUUCAUUAUUCGAAUUCAGGGUCGCACAGCAGAGCAAAGGCAACGCUCACUGUACGCUUGGUCCACUAUUCAUCGUCACAGCUUUUAAUUCCUGUUCAUCAGACACAUGACACACGACGCACACCCAGUCCGUCGUGCGAGGACGGGCACAUUACCGUCCGAAGACAAAACACUACUAGACGUUAG